CUUGCAUGCCAAGAGGCAAGCGAGUGAGUCCCUGCUGUGAGUUCAGAGCCACGUCAGAGCAUUGCGAUCAGUACGGUUCUCCCUUCCAGACAGCCGUUCGUUCGCUGGCAUUUGAGCUGGGAGUUAAAUGAAAAGUCACAUUAAUAAGAGACAAGACACAGAGAUUCUUGGAGCCGUGUGACACGAGGAUAAAAAAAGAACAAAUGCUGCAAGCUUUAUUGUUCCAUCUCAUCUGUGCGAAAGAAAGCGAUCCGGUACAGCCAGACAAGUUCAUCAUCGUUGUAUCCAUGUGUCGACUCUGACCAAAACGGGGAAUAAGGCAUUACCGAAACCGUUUGCCGAAGAAGAGGCUGAAACAAGCUUUCAAAGUUAUUUCAAGAUAGCGGAAAGAAAGAAAAACAUCAAACGCUGGGAAAGAAAACGAAGGAAAAAAAACUCCCUCUAGAAAUUGCCAGCGCUGAGAGGAGAAACAUUUUUUUUUUCACUGCUUUUAUUUUAAUCACAGGGAUAGUAGUAAGAGGUAGAGACUGACAGCAAGCAGGAGAGUGAGAGAGAGGGAAAGAGAGAGAGAGAGAAGGGGAGAGGAAGGGAGAGAGAAAGGGUUUGCACUGGGGAUUAACGACAGGAGGUGAAGGCAGGUUUCUGGCAAAGAAAAUUAAUAAUAAGCAAAGGAUUGCAUGACCCCCCUCUCUGGAUUGUCUCCCCGCCUCCAUAACUGGACUACAGCAGAUCGUGGAGUAAAAAGGAUAGAUCACUCACACAAAAGGGAAACACAAACACAUAGCCCUACUGAGGGAUUCAGAGACCAUUUACAGACAAAGCAAGAGGAGACAGCACACUAGGAGCCUGAGGAAAGAUUUCUAGAAUUAUUCAUUUUUUAAACCAAUAUAUCAUCUAUCUGUUUUUUGGUUUUUUUUAUCCUGAUUGGUUUCAUUUGUUUCUAUCCUGGCUUUUGGAAUUUCACAGAAGAGUGGGAAAUUCUUGAAUAGAUAUCUGUUUCUGCCUAUUUCAUUCAUCAGUCUGAGGAAUCCGAGGAUUUUAAAAGGGUUUGGAGGGGAAAAACACUCACUUUUUACAUAUCUGAGCAUACACAUUCGCCUCAAGAUGAGAGGGAAAGGUAGGAAACAGAAUCUUUCCGAUUCAAGGGAUCUGGACGGAUCGUACGAUCAACUCACAGGCAACCUUCCCAGUCAAAAUAAAAAAGCUUUUAAACAACGUAUCCUCAAACUCUUGCCUUGCUGCGGUCCUAGGUCCACCCCCUCAGUCAGUGAAAAUAGCGUGGAAGAUGAAUUUGAGCUGUCUACGGUAUGUCAUCGUCCUGAGGGAUUGGAGCAGCUGCAAGAACAAACCAAAUUCACAAAAAAGGAACUGCAGGUUCUCUAUCGAGGCUUUAAAAAUGAAUGUCCAAGUGGCAUUGUUAAUGAAGAUAAUUUCAAACAGAUUUAUUCCCAGUUUUUCCCACAAGGAGACUCCAGCAUGUAUGCACAUUUUCUAUUCAAUGCAUUUGACAUUGACCACAAUGGUUCUGUCAGUUUUGAGGAUUUUGUAGCAGGGUUAUCUGUGAUUCUUCGAGGCAGUAUAGACGACAAACUGAACUGGGCAUUCAACUUAUAUGACUUAAACAAAGAUGGCUGCAUCACUAAAGAGGAAAUGAUGGACAUAAUGAAAUCAAUUUAUGACAUGAUGGGCAAAUAUACUUACCCAAACAUGCCAGAAGAUGCCCCAAAGGAACAUGUAGAGAACUUUUUUCAGAAAAUGGAUAGAAAUAAGGACGGAGUAGUUACAAUUGAGGAGUUCAUUGAAUCUUGUCAGAAGGAUGAAAAUAUUAUGAGAUCAAUGCAACUAUUUGACAAUGUAAUUUAAAGACAGUUUCACCAACAAGCUUCCUUGAAAAAAAAAAAUACACUUUGAAAUAGACCUUUCUUCUGGCUGCACAAAUACAGAAUCCUUGGUUCAAAGCAAAAUAAAAUGCAAUGAUAAUAUCUGAAUAGAUUUCUGGAUGUUGUAAAAUAAAAAAAAAUAAAAAAAAAAAAAAUAUAAAGACUCCCCUCCCCAAAACUUGAGUAAUUAGCAAUUUUCCACUAACUCUUAUCAGCCUACAUUAGGAUUGUGUUCUCGAAAAUUUACGAGCUGAAGAAUGGACUUUUUCAUGGUAUGAAUUGGUGAUGAUGAUCAUCGUUGGAGAACUUGAGAAAACUAUUUAGCCUUCUACAGCCCGCAACUGACUAUUUGCUAAAGUCCAAAAACCAUAAAAUAAAAAAAAUAGGAGAACGUACAUCAAUGUUUAUUUUUACAAGUUAGCUUAAGAAAACUUUGAGUAUUAUUUCUUUAUUAUCGAUUCACCUCAUUUCAUCGGCAACUAGCAAGUAUUGUGAUCAAACAGUGUGCAGCAGUUUGUGAUCUAUCUCUGUAGGGUAUAUCAAAGAGUAUUACUUUCUUCUAAAUACCUCAACUCAACGACUAGGCUCCACUUACCAAUAACUAGUGAAAUUCUUUCGUGAUCCAUUCACAAAACCAUAGUGGUUUAUAGAUUUUUUUUGGGGGGUGAAAUGUAUUAUUUUGCAUAUUUAUAGAUAUAUUGUAGUUUAAAUUUUCCUUUUAAUUUAUAUUUAACUGUGUAGUUGCAUUUUAUCUGUUACUUGUUUUGAAAUUAACCUUUUUUUAAAAAAACAAAAACAAAUAAUGUUUUAAGUUUUAAAAUGUCGUCUAUUGUCUAGAAAUUUAUUUGAAAAGACGGCUGUUGCUCUGGGGUAUGUUUUGCUUUUUAUUAUGACAUUACAGCAUGAUGUUGAUUUUGCUUAACAGAUAUUGAAGUGAUUAGAGAAUGCAUAACUAUCAACUACCAAUUUAAUGGAGAUAACUAACUUAGGCAAUGAGGAAUUGAGAUAACAACAAAAUGGGCCUGGAAUUUUACAUCAUAAAAUUUGUCAGAGUUUAGUUUUUGUUUUAUGCUUGUUUGUUUAUUUUCUUUUAUGUUUUUUUUAAGAUAGAAAAAUUACAAACAAGCCCAGAUUUUGACUCUAAAUUGUUUUGUAGCAAGUUUGCACCUGAUAUAAUAAUGCAUAGCAUGACUUCUAAAGGAAUCAUAUCAGAUAGUGGUAUUAUUUGUUGAGCUAUAAGUGGAAAAAACAAAAAAACAAAAAAAACUGCUCAUUGUAUUUUUAAAAUAAUACAUUAAUACAGGAAUGGGGACAGCUAUAUGUGAUUAACAGCUUUAAACCUGUCGACAUUGUAUGUACUGUAUUCCAAACAACAAUAUAACAAAUGUGAAUAUCAGAUUAUCAUGACACAUUUGCAGGAUUAUUUCUGAUAUAGGGAAUUGUCAGGAUGUGUGCAGGGAAUUGUACGUUUAUGUUCAAAAUGUGGGCUGGAACAUUAAACAACUAGAACCUUUUUCAUUGAGGCAAUUUUAGUCUAAAAUGUGAAAUACCCAUGUCUGUUGCUGACAAUUGCCAAUUUAGUAAAUAACCCUGCAAGUACUUUAAAGCAAUACCUGGGAUGUUUAUAUUUAGUAUGUCUCCGACUUCACAUAAGGUUAAGGAACCGAAGUCCCAGAAGUGAAGCAGAAAAUGUUCGGAUUACAUUUUCGAUUCAACUAUGAGAGAUGCUAAAGGCAUUUCAGAUACUGUUUGACCCUCUAACUGUGGGUACAAUAAUGCCCUCUUUGUAAGGGAGAAUAUGCUUAAACUUAGUAUUUAAUGUAGUAAGGAGCAUGCCUAAACACAUCAUUUAUUGCAAUGAAUUUUCUUAUCGCUAUCCAUUUGAAUCUUUGUAUCUCAGAGAGAGAUACAGCACUGUCUUCUGGCCCUUAAAAGUUUAAAUAUAAUUGCUAUUUUUGCAAAAGGUUUACUUUUAAAAGGCACACUAAACACCAUAACCACUACAGCCCGCUGUAGUGGUUAUGUCUCUUCAGUUGACACUGUCAGCUAAUAAGUGACAUAUAAAUAUGUCAAAUAAAUGUAUCUGUAAUGCAUACGUGUAACUGCCUCAUUAGUAAUACAAGUCAGAACCUGUUCUACAGAUCCGUGAGGAACCCUUAGUUUAUGUCAAAAUUGAUUUUACACAGAACCAGGAGGCAGCGCUUACAGCCUACUAGCUCCUUAAAGAACAGGCAGUGGUUAUGGUGCUUGGAAUGCUCCUUUUAGAAUGUAACAAUUUAAUGCGUAGAGAAACAUUGCUAUAGGACAGCAGGAAUUUCUUUUGGGAUAUAACAUCCGGGCAGGUUUAGAAUAUUUGAAGCUGGAAGGGGCAGAAUCCUAAUAUCAGUUUUAAACUGAUAGAGUAUGGACUCUGGUAAAGAACAGUAAUUACUUCUGCAUUGCAGGUCAACCUAGGUGAGGGGAGCAGUCCAGCCUCAAGAACAUUUAAUGAAGAAUUCUUAUGAAAACACAUUGUGCAUGAUUGUAUGUCACACUUACUGUAUCUAUGCAAACUGCAGUGUUGUUUUUACAAUAUAUCCUCCCUUAAAG